AUGGUGGACUACUAUAGGGUACUCGGUGUUACUCGAGCCGCUUCCGAGGCAGAAAUAAAAAAGGCUUACAGAAAACUAGCAUUGAAAUGGCAUCCUGAUAAGAAUCCAGAUAAUGCAGAUGAAUCUAACAGACGAUUCAAGGAAAUAUCUGAAGCCUAUGAAGUUCUGUCUGAUGAAAGAAAACGGCGAGUAUAUGAUCAGUAUGGCAAAGAAGGGCUGAAUAACGGCAGAGGCAGGCGUUCAGCUCCCGACGAUGAUUACGACUUCGGCUACCCUAGCUUCCCGUUCACAUUCCGUGACCCCGAAGAGGUUUUCAGAGAAUUCUUCGGCGGGUCUCCAUUCGGCGAUUUAUUUCCUGAAAUCAACGGUCAUGGACACGGUCAUCACAGGCACGGUCGUCGGAGCCACCCCAGCACUUCCCUCACUUCAUCCCUGUUCAGCCCGUUUGGGUUCGGCAUGCAAGGACUCGAUGACAUAUUUGCACAUGCCGCAUCGAAUGGGAACACGUUCACUUCAUUCUCUACAUUCAAUAGCUCAUUAGCGGGACCCGGCAGCGCUAACAUGAGAAGUACUACCACUACAACGCGCAUCGUUAACGGGAAAAAGAUCACGACUAAAAAGGUGACAGAAAACGGUCGGGAGACAGUAAUGUCGUACGAGAACGGGGUCCUGAAAUCAAAGACUGUUAAUGGCGUACCUCAAUCAUUAACAUAUAGUUAA